AUGCCACGUAAAGCCAAGAAAUCAUCUGAAAGAAAGGCAUCAGAGCAGCGACUCAGGAUGCAGCAGAGACGAAAUCAGGCCACUGGACAGAGCGUCAUCUCUUUAAAAUGUCCUGAAGAGAGCGUCACCUCUUUAAAAUGUCCUGAAGAGAGCGUCACCUCUUUAAAAUGUCCUGAAGAGAGCGUCACCUCUUUAAAAUGUCCUGAAGAGAGCGUCACCUCUUUAAAAUGUCCUAAAGAGAGCAACACCUCUUUAAACUGUCCUGAAGAGAGCAACACCUCUUUAAACUGUCCUGAAGAGAGCAACACCUCUAUAAAAUGUCCUGAGAGCAUGCGCAAGGUUGAUAGAAAAGAAAACUAUUUCAACUUAGGAACAGAAAUUAAACUGCCAGUAGUUCAAGGUAGCUUUCACCAAGGAGAUUCCAGGUUUGGAAGAAAUAGUGGAAAGCAAUGCGUUGCUAAUAGUUUGUCAGCAGUUGCUCACAGCAAAUUGAAAGAUGUAGAUAAGUGGGAUCAGGCAUAUCUGGACAAUGUCUUAAUUGAAGGAAAUGAGAUCUAUACUUGGAUUCAUGGAACAAAUGACUUGUUGUUGAUGUCAGAUCUACCGGAAAUGAUUGAGAUAUCAGGGAAAAUGAUGCACAUUAGAAAAAAAGACUCGAUCUCAGCAACAAUUGAUAGUAAUGGGACCAUUGAUUUUAGUGCAUUUGGUAACUGUCUACCACUAGAUUUGGCAAUACAAGAAUCACUCAUGAACUCGGAUGGUUGUUUCAUAUGUGCCAUUAAUCAAACUUUUAUGGUGAUCAAGUACAAACAUGAUCUCUAUUUGUUUGAUUCUCACUCAAGAAAUUCAUUUGGUUUAGUUGAUGGGAAUGGAAAAAGUUUACUAAUGCAAUUAGAGAACUUGGAUCAUUUAUAUGAUUAUUGCUGUAAUUUAGUGCAGGGAGUAGAUCAGACUAAUCAAUGGUUUGAAGUCACUGGUAUUAGAAUAACAACCGAGGAAAUUUCAUCAACUGAGAAUGUUUUGCACAGUUUCAAUGCAAUGGAGGAUGACUUGAUGCAAAAUAAUGUUAAUUAUUCAUCUGGACAAGAGUCAGAAAAUGUACUUAUGCCAGGAAGAGAGUCUUAUGUUCCUAGGAGUGAUAUCUCAAAACAUGAAUCAUUAGUCACUAAAGAUGUCUCAAAAAGUGAAGAUACGAUCCAAAACCAUUUGAGUAUUCCGGCUUGUGAAUUAAAAAUUCAAGAUGACACGAGUAGUUCACUACUGCAGUGUUCUUCAGACAUAGAAAUUGUAUCAGAAAAUGAAGAAUGCAUGAGUUACAAUUUCAUACCUCUUACAAUUGCAACCAAAAGAGAAUUAUGCAAUGUGCUGCACAUUUCUUCUAAACAAGUAUGUAAGAAACAGUCUGACGUUGUUUACAAUAUGGGACCUCCAAAAGAUACGAAGUCGAUUGAAGAAGAUGGUAAUUGUCUGUUCAGAGCAAUCUCAUAUGCAGUAUCAAAUAGACAGCAGUAUUACCACAAGGUUAGAGGGGCUGUUGUUAACCACAUCAAGAAGACAGAUGCUUUGAAAUCAUUUUUACGACCUGAGUAUCAGUCUGUUGAGGAGUACAUCCGAAUGUCCAAAAUGGAGAAUGAUAAAACAUGGGGAACAGAGCUUGAAAUUUUAGCUGCUGCAGAUCUCCUAAAGACAGAUAUAUUUACCUUUCUAAAUGGAUCUUGGAUCAAAUACUCAUCUUCUCAGAUAUGUUCAAACAAUAAAGUUAAAGGUGAAUCGAUUUACCUAAAACAUACAGGUAAUUCCAAUCAUUAUGAAUGUGUGACAUUUGUAAAUGAAAAAGACCAUUUGCAAGCAAAAAGGAACAUGCAAAGUAAGAACUCGAAAACAAGGGGAAGAAAACGUAAUGCCAAAAGUGGAAAGCAAAUAAAUGCUCCUCUAACAAAGGUAUUAAAAACAGACAGUUUGGACUGUAACCAAAAACCCUGCAUGCAAUCAUCAAAGGAUGUAAAAGAGAAGGAAAGGUACAAAACAUGCAAGGAAUUCAGGGAAAAAAAGAAAGAAAAUUCAAAACAAAAAUAUGAAACAGAUCCUCAACAUAGAGAAAAAGUUCUAAAACGCAUGAAGAAUUAUUAUGAAAAUGACGGCGAAUACAGGGAAACGAAAAAGAAUGCAAACAAAGUAAAGUAUGAAGUCGACUAUGAAUUCAGAGAAAGAGUUAAGUCUGCAAGCAAAGAGAAGUAUGAAAAAGACGACGAUUUCAGAGAAAAAAUGAAGAAUGCAAGUAAAGAGAAGUAUGAAAAAGACGACGAUUUCAGAGAAAAAAUGAAGAAUGCAAGUAUAGAGAAGUAUGAAAAAGACGACGAUUUCAGAGAAAAGGUGAAGAAAGCAAGUAUAGAGAAGUAUGAAAAAGACGAUGAUUUCAGAGAAUCUGUCAAAAAGUUCAGUAUGAAUAAGUAUGAAAAUGAUAUCAAUUUUAGAGAGACAAUCAAGGAAACAAACAAACGUAAAUAUGACCAAAUCGAAGAACACAGAAAUAAGAUAAAAAGUCAAGUGAAAUUUAGACGGGACGUACUGAAAAAAGAAUGUGAAAAUAUUGAAAAUGUCAUUGAGAAAUUCAAAUCAGACGUGAAAAAUGGACCAGAAUAUGUUUGUUCAUGUUGCUUCAGAUUGUUAUUUGAAAAUCAGAUAAUCUUUUGUGAUAAGGAGAAAUACGACAGCAUGUUACUUGAAACAUGUAUUUCGGAGAAAUAUCUGCACAAAUGUGACAAAGACUGUUCUUCAGGCUGCUCAUUUGCAGGAACAAGUAGGACAAACCUCUGGAUUUGUUAUACAUGCCACAGAAAGUUAUUAAAAGGAGAUGUGCCCUGUAUGUCAUUUGCAAACAAUACUGAGUUAGAAAAAGUACCUGAAGUGCUUGAAUGUCUUAAUUCGUUAGAACAACAUCUGAUUGCACUGAAUAUACCUUUCAUGAAAAUUCUUGGUUUGCCAAAAGGAGGACAGAAAGGUGUACAUGGCCCUGUUGUUUGUGUGCCUUCUGAUCUGAGAAAAGUAACCUCUAUUUUGCCAAGAUCAGAGGAUGAAAAUUUGUUGCUGAAAGUUAAAUUAAAGAGAAAGUUGAAAUACAAGGGAUAUGAAGAAUAUCAGUUUGUAAAUUCCAAACAUUUGGAGGAAGCACUACUGUUCUUAAAAGAAAACAAUGUGUGGUACUCUGAUGUCAAUAUAAAUGAAAAUUGGCUAAAUCCAAUUCCUGAAGAAAAUGAAUUGGAGAAUGUUGAUUGUAAUGAUGAAACAUCAAAUUCAGAAAUGUUGACAAACAGAUCUGACAAUGCUUUAGAGAACAAUGAAGAUUGCACUGUAAAAUGUACAGAAAAUGAAGCAGAAUCAUUUCUAGAUGAAAACUUGCGAGGCAUUCAGUUAGACACUUGUUUACAACCAGCUGACAUUGGACAAGAAGUAUUGGAUUUAUGCUUUGACCAAGUGUUUGAAAUUUCACCUGCAGAGGGGAACAAUCCAGUUUCGGUUCUAAAAGCAGACGGAAUUGAAGCAAAAACAUUCCCAGUUCAUUUUCCGAGUGGAAAAAACACUUAUGCAGAAGAACGAAAUGAAAAGUUAACUCUUGGAAGAUACUUUAAUCUUCGACUGAUGAGUGUUGAGAACAGAUUUGCUAGAGAUACAUCCUAUUUAUUCUUUAGUCAGUAUUUAUCGGAAUUAGAAAGAGUUAUUUCAAAUGUUCAAAUAUCAUUGAGAAAAGAAUCUGCGUUUUCUGCUGAUGGGACUAAAAUUACCGGAGAAAUGCUGUGUGACAAGAAUGUUUUAAAGAACCUCUUUAAAAAGGAUGAAGCAAUCAAAUUUUUAAAACCAGUCCGCGGAACACCACCAUAUUGGCAAGCUGCACAAAAAGAUAUCUUUGCAAUGAUACGUCAAUUGGGUAUACCUCAUUUUUUUUGCUCAUUUUCGUCUGCAGAUUUUAGAUGGACAGAAGUUGUAGAAACUAUUCUUAAACAGCAGGGAGAUACACGGAAGUUUGAAAACCUCUCAUGGAAUGAUAAAUGCAAAAUUCUCCGUAGUAAUCCAGUUACUGCAGCUAGAAUGUUUGACCACAGAUUUCACACAUUUCUCAAAAAUGUAAUCAUGUCAGACGCUGAACCGAUUGGAAAAGUCAUUGAUUAUUUCUACAGAAUUGAAUUUCAACAAAGGGGCUCUCCACAUACACACUGUUUAUUUUGGAUAGAAGGUGCUCCGAAAUUUGGACAAGACCCUGAUACUGAAGUUGUGGAGUUUAUUGAUAGAUAUGUAACAUGUGAAGUUCCAGAUGAACAAGAGGAUACAGAGGUACACGACAUUGUAAUGGCUGUACAGCAACACAGUAAAAACCAUUCCAAGUCAUGCAAAAAGAAAGGAACAGUUUGUAGAUUUAAUUUUCCGAGACCACCUUCCCAGAGAACAUUCAUUUCUAAACCUCAUGAACCUAGUUCAACCGACAGAAAUGAAGAUCAAGUGGCAAAGGAAAGACUAUCACUUCUUUGGGACACUUUAAAAGACAAUGAAAAUAUUACAAUGUCAAACUUACUUCAGAAAUCCGGACUGACACAAGAAGAGUUUGAACUAUGCUUUAGCUACAUUACAAAGAGAAAUACCGUUGUUUUGAAAAGAGAACCCAAUGAAGUUUUUACAAAUCAAUACAACAAACAUCUUUUGAAGGCCUGGAAUGCAAAUAUGGACAUCCAGUACAUUUUAGAUGCAUUUUCCUGUGUUGUUUACAUCAUAAGUUAUAUAAGUAAAGCUGAACGAGAAUUGGGAUUACUACUGCAACAUACAAAGAAUGAGGCUAUUGAAGGAAAUCUACACGCCCAGGAGGCAAUGAAAAAAGUUGGUACUGCUUACAUGCACCACAGAGAGAUAAGUGCUCAGGAGGCUGUUUAUAGAGUGACUGGAUUAAGGUUGAGAGAAUGUUCAAGGAAGGUGGAAUUUGUACCAGUUGGAGAAAAUCCUUGUAGAAUGAGCAUUCCUUUGAAAGAUGUCAGAAGACAGACAGACUCUAAGAUAAAAAAGCAGAAAGAUUCUACUGAAAUACCACAUAGUGCAAAUGACGAAUCUGAUAUAUGGCUGAAAAAUAUUGUUGACAGAUAUGAAGGAAGACCAAACAUUGACAUGUUUCAGAAAAUGUGCCUGGCAUCAUUUUGUUCUGAAUUCGCUGUUUUAGCCGAAUCACAAUUGCCAAAGAAAUUAAAUGAAGAAACAACAUUCAAACUUUCAAACAAUUUAGGUUACAUUAGAAAAAGGACAAAAACAAAACCAGCAAUUAUCAGAUUUCCGAGAUUUUCUGUAGAGGCUGCAAGUGAAAAGUACUAUCAAAGUAUCUUGCAACUGUUUCUGCCAUACAGAGAUAAAUGUCAACUUAAGCCCGCAAUGUUCGAAACGUACGAGACUUUCUAUGAAACAGGGUAUAUCAAGUAUUCUGGAGAGAAAACGUUACUGUCAGUGAAACACAUUGUGGAUAGCAAUAUGUCGGAAUUCGUUAAAGAUGGGGAAAACUUAGAAGAAGCAGAAAAAGUCUUUGAAGCACAGGGUUCUCAAGAGGAUGCAUGGUGUGAACUGUGUCCAGAAACAGAACAGAUUAGAAUAGAAUGCAUGGAGGAUAGACAAACUGUCAUGGUAGAAGAUGAAGACAUUUUAGAGAAAUCAGUGCCUGAUUUAAGUACAGACAAUCAAGAAGCUACAGGAACAAAUCAACUGUGUUCGUCUUUGCCAGAGAAAAGUGAAGUUACGCCUCUUCUUCAAUCACUAAAUUCAAAGCAACGAGAAGUGUUUUACAAAGUAAGAGACUGGUGUCUUAAGAAAAAGAAUGGCCAAAAUCCAGAUCCUUUUCAUUUGUUUGUAACGGGUGGAGCUGGCACAGGCAAAAGUCAUCUAAUAAGAUGUAUUUUCUAUGAAGCCUCACGAUUAUUAGCACCUCUUUCAGAGAAUCCCGAUGAUCUAACUGUUCUGUUGACUGCCCCAACUGGUACAGCAGCAUUUAACAUCCAUGGAAUGACAAUACACAGUGCACUUGGUAUAUUCAAAUCUCUAUCACUUGACCAUGCAUUGCUAAGUGAAGACAAAAUAAACAGUUUGCGAUCAAAGUUGGAAAACCUUCAGAUUCUCAUCAUUGAUGAAAUUUCAAUGGUCAACAAAAGGCUCUUGUUUUUUGUUCAUGAAAGACUACGUCAGGUUAAAAAGAUGCCAGAAAAUUGCGCGUUUGGAGGUGUUUCAGUAAUUGCAGUUGGUGAUUUUUAUCAGCUACCUCCUGUGAGAACAAAACGCGCAGAUAAAUUGUACGUGAAUGACCCCGCAAAUCCAAUGAAUCAGUUAUGGAUUGAGUUAUUUUCAAUCGUUGAAUUAGACGAAAUAAUGCGUCAAAAAGAAGAUGGCUCUUUUGCAUUACUUUUAAACAGAUUGCGUGUGAAAAAAGGCAAUGAGACAUUGUCUGAAUCAGAUAGAGAGACAUUACAACAAUGCAUAAGAGAGGGUCCUAUGGAAGCUUUGCACAUCUUUUCAACAAAUGAGGAGAUCAAUGCAUAUAACAAUGAAAUGAUAUUAAAGACAUGUCCUGAACCAAAAUUGAUAGAGGCAGAGGACUUUGACAAAAAGAAAGCUUCUGGAAAACUCUUGAAGAGAGACAUUCACUUUACCAAAUCUGACAUCUGCCUUAGAUCUUCUCUUCUAUUGGCGGAGGGAGCAAGAGUGAUGUUAAUAAGAAAUGAGGAUGUUCAUGAUGGGCUUGUAAAUGGAGUAAUGGGUACAAUUGCGCAUAUUGGAAAACAGUCAGGUUCAUCACUGCCAGAUGUUAUUUACAUUCAUUUUGAUAAUGAAAAUGUGGGCAAGAAUGCAAAAUUGCAAAAAGUGAUAAAUAAAAAAAGAUGUGUGGGACUGCAUCCUUCGACAGAAGAUAUUCCAAUGAAAAAUGGUGUUAGAAAACAAUAUCCUUUGCAAUUGGCUUGGGCCUGUACUGUCCACAAAGUUCAGGGUUUAACAGUUAAAGAAUGUGUCGUUGAUUUGAACAAAUGUUUUGCGCCUGGCCAAGCUUAUGUUGCCCUAAGUAGAGUCACAUCAAUAAAUGGACUUUACAUUAAUGACAUGGAUGUAAGAAAGUUUGACAAGAAGAUACGCUGUGAUCCUGAUAUUGAAGGUGGCAUUUCAUUAAUGGCCAAGUAUUUACCAACCAAGGAAAAGCAAAAGACUGAUUGUAUCAAAAUAUUAUAUCACAAUAUUCAAGGAUUAUUGCAACAUGAAGAAGACCUUAAACACAGCGAAGACCUCAAAAAUGCAGAUUUUGUUUGUUUGACAGAAACGUGGUUUGAUUCUAAAUCAAACUUCACAGAUAUCGGAGGGUUUCAAUCAAGUCAUGUAACAAGAUGCUCAGCUUUUGAUAACAGUUGCCCUUUAUUUAAGGAGUUUUCUGAAAUGCAACACGGGGGCGUAAGUGUGUACUACAGAUUAGGAAUUGGAUACGAUGAAAUAAAACAAAUUUCUAAAAAUCUGGAGUGUGUAGUGUUUAGAAUAACCAGUUCAAACACUUUAGUGGCUGUCGUAUAUAGACCACAGAAAUACCUGAUAGAAAAAUUCAUUGAAACUUUCAGUUCCUUCUUAAAUGUCUUGGAAACUAUGUCAGAUAGACUUGUUAUUAUUGGUGAUUUCAAUCAAGACAUUGUGAAAGGUCAGACAACUGUUUUCAAUUUGAUGACAUCAAGAGGAUUCAAACAAUAUGUUCAAGACCCAACGACUGAAAAUGGGACAGUCAUAGAUCAUGUCUAUGCAAGAGGCUGUCCCUAUGUAGACGUGUCAGUGAUGCCAACAUACUACAGCUAUCAUGAAGCAAUUGUAGUUCACCUCAGCUUUCAAUCAUGA